CUCCAGCAGCGUCAGUGGGAGGCAGGAGGGCUCACCGGGCAGAAGCGUUGGAAUGGGGUGCGUUGGGCAGCCCCCGGCAAUGCCCCUGCCCUGCGCUUGAGGAGGCCAUGGAGCUGCGAGUCGUCCUCCUGCUGCUGCUGCUCUGCUUCCCAGGUCUCCAAGCCCAAACACCUGGGGAGGUGAGCAAACGCGAAGGAAGCAACCUCUCUGUCCUGUGUCCUUACCUAGCAGAGGAUGAGUACCGGGAAUUGAAAUCCUGGUGCCGCUGGACAGGUCAAGGAUAUCAGCGUCAAGUGGUAUUAAUGGGCACAAUAACGUACCCGUACACAGACCGGGCCAGACGGGGGUAUGUUACCAUACAGGAUGACCCCAUACACAGGAAUUUUUCUAUCACCAUGACUGACCUCCAGGUAGAGGAUUCAGGCACAUAUUACUGUGCUUACAGUCACAGCAACAUUCCACUGAAGAGGAUCUCGCUGAAUGUUUUCAAGGAGUUUCACAAGUGGGAGUUGGACAGUCUCUCUGUGCAGUGCCCGUACCCUGGCCAGGUUUACCUCUAUGGAAGAAAAGCCUGGUGCCGAUAUGUUGAUCAGACUGGCACGUGUGAACUCGUGGUGAGCACAGAUACCACUUACACAUGGAGUAUCAACAAAGCCCAGAAAGACAGAGCCUCGAUCCAGGAUGACACCCAGAAAAGGACCGUCACCAUCACCAUGGAGAAGCUGCAGGCACAGGACUCCGGCGUGUACUGGUGUGCGCUCUACACGCCCUACACAGCCAUUCAUCUCACCCGGCUAAUGGAGGUCCGGCUCUCUGUGGACAAGCGUCUCCAAGCCCAAACACCUGGGGAGGUGAGCAAACGCGAAGGAAGCAACCUCUCUGUCCUGUGUCCUUACCUAGCAGAGGAUGAGUACCGGGAAUUGAAAUCCUGGUGCCGCUGGACAGGUCAAGGAUAUCAGCGUCAAGUGGUAUUAAUGGGCACAAUAACGUACCCGUACACAGACCGGGCCAGACGGGGGUAUGUUACCAUACAGGAUGACCCCAUACACAGGAAUUUUUCUAUCACCAUGACUGACCUCCAGGUAGAGGAUUCAGGCACAUAUUACUGUGCUUACAGUCACAGCAACAUUCCACUGAAGAGGAUCUCGCUGAAUGUUUUCAAGGAGUUUCACAAGUGGGAGUUGGACAGUCUCUCUGUGCAGUGCCCGUACCCUGGCCAGGUUUACCUCUAUGGAAGAAAAGCCUGGUGCCGAUAUGUUGAUCAGACUGGCACGUGUGAACUCGUGGUGAGCACAGAUACCACUUACACAUGGAGUAUCAACAAAGCCCAGAAAGACAGAGCCUCGAUCCAGGAUGACACCCAGAAAAGGACCGUCACCAUCACCAUGGAGAAGCUGCAGGCACAGGACUCCGGCGUGUACUGGUGUGCGCUCUACACGCCCUACACAGCCAUUCAUCUCACCCGGCUAAUGGAGGUCCGGCUCUCUGUGGACAAGCGACCAGCUGCAACAACGUUGUCGGUUACUACAGGCAUGAGUCAAACUAACCCUCCUGGCAACAGCACACAACCACUCCCAGAUGUAAACACCUACAUCAUAAUCUCUGUGGUCCUGUACCUCCUACUCCUCCUGGUAGUUAUCAUCUUGAUAACAUCGUGCAUCAGGCACCACAAAAAGCUGAAGAGAAGAGGUAACAGGCAAGCAGAGGACACCUGUGACAAACCAGAGGACACAACGCAGCUUGAGAGCACUGAAAGAAUGGGAAGUCCCAAGGAUGACAGCAAAGACCUAAAAUAUGUUACCCUGGACUUUAAAUCCCAACGCAGCCCUGAGGAACCUCUCUACUGUAAUGUUGAACCGGAUCAGGCUCCCAAGAACCUCAAAGAUGAAAAUGUGGAAUAUGCUAUCAUUGCACGUGAUUAACGACAAAAAACAAAGAAUGAAGCACAGAACCCCACAACAAUCCAGAAAUGGGAGGAAUGAACUGGAAAAAGAACUGGAAUAGAAAGUGAGAAUGGGGAAUAGAAAAUGUGUGCAUGGACACUGGGGAAAGAGCUAUGGUUUUGCUGUCAUGUGUAUGUUGCCUAUGCAUUUUAAGACCUCUCUCCUAUUAGAGGCCAGUAGAGAAUUUUGUCACAAGUAUGCAAAUUCUCUCAGGCCAGACAGAGGUGCUGGUUAAUUCUCAGGAUCCCUUGCACAUUUGCUUUUUUUUUUUUUUUUUUUUGAUUCUAUUAAAAUGCAGACUGUUAUGGAGAGGCAGGUGUGGAGGAGUAUCCUUUUGAAAAAGAGCAGUAUUUGCCUGGCCAUGGAUGGGUUUGGUAUUUCAACUAUAUUCACUGGUAGAAGCUCUAUCCCACUCCUAAGGACUCAGUUAUUAUGGCCAGGCAAACUUAUUCCAGUGUUCUAGGAUUAAACUCUCACCUUGCUACCACUGGAUUCAUUUGC